CGAACAGUUUUACGAUGACACUGGGGGGUCGAGUCGUGUUUCUCUGGGUGACUACAGUGGACACCGCACCGCAACAAGUGAGAACAAGCUACGCGGUAAACACCGAGAAGCGUAUGGUGGUUCACCUGUUCAGUCACAGGCUGUUGAAGACUCCAUCUACUCGGUGUAUAUAACGAAAAGAUGAGCUAGUUGAAUUGAGGACUCUGCUCCUGUACCGGCUACCUACCACCGGGAACGACGAAUGUAAACUAAAAGUCGUCCUUCAGCACAUUGUGUGAAGCUUCGUCAGGGUGUUGACUCCUGUGGCUCAUUCGGAUUCGGUUGUCAUCAUAGUGUGAAACGGAUAUAAUACAAGACUAAGGCGCCGUGAUUCGGGUACGGGAAACAGUGAAAACUACACACGGACAAGCUUGUGCAGGAAGAUUGACAGGAAAGAAAGAGACGCCCGCCGCGUGUAGGUUGGGCGUUGCAGUGGAAACGCGGAUGCACCGGCAGUCAGCAACCGAAACCCCAUAGUCUACUCCGGUAGUACCCCGUCCAGGCUACUGGUGGCGAACUGGUUUGGCGCAUCUGGAGAGCUGUUACUACGCGUCUGCCUCGUGAUGAUCCCUAUCGUUUACAGACGUCGUCGAGACUGCGUUUCCCACACCUAGACGAUGCUUCGGCGCCAGACGCAGUGUUGCUGGGCGACGUGUGUGGGCAGAAUGUCUCCCCACGUGGUCGUAGGUGCGCGUAUCACGGUGCGAGUUCGUGGGGUGUCUCUAUGACGGUGGUUGUCAACCAGUUUUAUAAUUUUUGCGGUGCGUAGAUUCCUGAAGUACGUUGAAGUCGUCCGCCUUUUUUAAAAACAUUUUAACCGGCGUUUCUGGACUCCUUGUACUCAGUUCUCGCUAGUGAACUUUCGUUUCACUAAGUAUCUAUCGAGUCAGUGCAGUAGGGGUUUCCUUCAAGUAGAUUGUGUUGUAUUCCGGUAACAUCUUUGCGUCUCGAGUGCAUCGUCUUGAGAGCAUCUCUAAUUCAACACAGAAAAUACCAGCGUGGUUAUUUACAGCGGAACAAUGGUCAGGGUAUUUUGUGUUGCGGCCGUUUUCGGCCUGUUCGGCGCAACUCGUGUGAGUGGAAGCGUCGACAACGGGGGUCUUGAUGAUCCGAACGCCUCACGCAUGUCUACCCAAUACUGGCGUGCUUGCCACCGGGGGAGCGGGUCGCUGGUCGAAGACAUUAAUAUUCCUUACGAUAUUGCGGAUCCUCCUGAGCUACCAUUCCCUGGUGCCGAGCUUCAGUUUGCUUUAGUCGCUCAGCGCCACGGUACGCGACGAUCGCAGUAUUUGUGGUCGAAGUCGCCGUAUUACAAAGGUACUGCGCCUAGCCAAUUGUCGGUUCAAGGUGCUUACGAGCUCCGUGUGUCAGGGAUUGAAGUCCGUCACUACCUUCAAAAGUACAAGAAACACAAGCUGCCUAAAUUUGGGAGCAACAGGAGCCGCGACAAUGUUCUUCGUGAGACGUGUGGUUUCGACCUUGAGCGUGAAUGCAAAGCGUUCGGUCUCGAGAAACAGAAGUGCACGUCGUCUUCGUUGGUCAACAGCAUACUCAACGAGUUUCCUGCUGAUACUAUCUACAUGCGCGCGGCGCCGCUGCCAAGGACGCAGUGGAGUGCCGUUUUUUUUCUCGAAGGAUUCUUCGGUCUCCCGUGGCUUUGUGGUGCGACUGCGACCGAGCUUAUCAAGACCCCCACUAACAGAAACUACGAACGGCGUUGUCUGCUUCGCGAGGUUUGCGAUGCAGACGCUGAAAAGAUUCUGCGUCUGCGCGGAAAGCAUCAGGAGACGUGUGCAGCAGUCGAGCUUCCGUGCAUCCAUGUGCCAUUCACCCCUGAUGAUGGUUUGACAGUUGGUGCAAUGUACAAUGCUGUGGCGUACAACCAAGGAAAUGAUCAUUUUGUUAAGGUUGAGGGACCUAGGGACUUCCAGCCGGAAGGCCAGCUGAAAGUUGCUGUAGGUAUCGCCGAGGAAGUCUACGGAGCUGGUGCUUUCGAUAACAGUGGAGGCAUGUGGAAUGCAGGGGAGAUGUGGGUGUCCGAGGCCGGGUCUGGGGAUCCCACGCCAAUGGUAGACGUGCUCAAAUGGGUCGAAAAGAAGAAGCGGUACUGCAAGGAAAGUGGUGAGUGCGAUCCGUUAUCUGUUCCGACCUACAAAUCGCUUGUCUCUGAUUUGACAGAGGCGUUCCGACUUGGCUACAACCAGCUCUAUGGAUCAGGUGGAUUCGCUAAGUUUGUUGCGUCUCCAUAUCUCCUGUUGUUCAACUCGUUGGCCCGAGGAGUAGCAUUCGGUCGACAGGAGGAUAUGCGAGACCUGCGUCUGAUGCUGGGGGUGAUGAGCGAUUUCGAUUCAGUGGGUUUGAGCGACGAAGCCGUCCUUAAGGCAUCUCUCCAAAGGAUAAACUUGUUUGUUCUCUCACUUCACGACUUCGUGAUUGUGUCCACCUUGAGUGCCCUCGGUAUUUAUAAUGGUGAACUGUCGCCAUUCGCUUGCCGUUUUUUGCUGGAGUUGGUGAAGGCUCCAGGUGGUGAUGCCAAAGAUGUUGCUCCCAGUGGAAAAGUCUUCAAUGUUGAAGAUGGCCUGAAUCCUGGUGGUAACGUUCAGUAUCCAAGGAAUGGAUACCACGUGCGUGUCUUAUAUGGCAAACCAGGGAAGCAGAUGGAGGCUCUAGUGUUACCGUGGUGCCAAAACAAAACAGUUUGUCCGCUCAAUGAUUUUUUGAACUUCACUUACGGUUUGUUGAAGUCGAAGAGCUUUCUGGAUGUGACUGAUGUUUAUCGCACCAAGCUUCGCGAGGCUGCAAAGCGUCUUGUGUAGUGCUUUGGGGAAGGUGAUUGUCGUCGCGUUUUGUGCUGUGGUGUCCUUCCCGUUACAUGGUACACGGACCAACAGAAGUCGAUAUAACCGUUGUAUUUCCUCUGUGUCGGAGGUUCAUCACAGAAGUAGAUGUCCAUCAUCAGUAUAGGGUGCCAUAGCCCAUUUUUUAUGCAUUUCCAGCAUCAGCCUGGUUUAAAGGGGCGUUAGUCCAGCCCAGUUUUUUUGCAGUAAUGCUAUUACAUUCUGAUCGUUUUUUUUUCAUACCAUCCCUGGUAUCCGGUUUUUGGUUCGUGUGGGUUUUGCCUCUCGUUCCCGCCUUCGUGGUCCGCUGCCUGCGGCUCGUGCGUCAAAUCUGUACAGCGGAGCGUUAACGUUGUGUUCGCGGUGUUUGUCGUCGAUUGAUUAUGGAGAACGUGGAUGUUCCGUGCAUGUACAGUUUUUAAGGCGUUCAACAGUGUUUUUCCAAAUACAGCCUUCGGUUGUGUUUUCUCAGUGGCACCGAACACCCAUGCAGGCUGCCGAUGGCGGAUCAUUCGGCAAGAGCCGAAUAACAUCCAUUUCUAACACUCUCUGCGACAGUGGAGGAAAUUGGUCACCGGUAUCCAACUUGAUGCGGUGUCGGCCUAUUACAAGAUGCGUGGGCGUCCCGGUUCGACUUCGGCGUUGACUACUGCGUAGUUGUAAAGCAGGUGUAAUGAGAUUUGACUCGAAUUGUUAGGACACACUAGGAUGGCACACGUGAACGCGAGAUUUUUCUCCAGGAAGUUUUGCAAUUGUAAUGCGUGGAGCAGCAAUUUUCGUCUUUCAGGGCUACCCUCUGCUGAACCCUCGUCAAGAGUGCAGCUUAAAACGGAUGGAGGUGAUGCCGUCGGUUUCGUAGACAGCAACCGAAUAGUAUGUUUCUUUCCGGUGUGCCCGUAACAAUGAUAUUACAGAGAGGUGAACUUUCAAAACUGCGGUACUGUAGUGCUAGGAUGUGUUCAACGAUCUUGAUCCAGUGUGGGCUUUUAGAGGAAGCUCUUUGUGGUCAUGCUCACGUGAGGAGGUCGUUGCUAACCAGAUUGUUUUGCAAAGGGCGUUAAACGAGACAACUAGAACAUCUAUUGGCAAAUUUCUAGUUGCCGUCACGUCAUAACGAGGGCACGGGCACGUAGAAGCGGAAGUCGGUAAAAGGCUGACGGACGCUUUUGGUCUUUCGUCAACGGACUUCUAGAACACAGAGGAUGAAGGUAGCAGGGAAAGAUGUCUGCAAUGGACAACAGGGUCAGAGUGUCUCGAACUCUAAGCUAGCGCAACCCUUGAUAAAGCCGUGCAGCAUCGGUUCCUCCGUUUCUUCUUCUGGGUUGUCUUUCUUGUGUCUUGCUUCACCUCUGUGGAGCCAAACGCAUCUCUCGUUUCGGCGGACCUGCCGUCGUCCAUCAUCUGAAGAGAAGGCUCACCUGCACCCCACAAAGCGGAUAUCCCAAUUUCAUGACCCAGGGCAUUGCCAGUGGAUUCGGCCCCUGAGGCAGUCCGUGAGUUCAGCAGACUCCGAGAGUCGUGUUUCUGGCUAUCCACACUUUUCCGGCUCAUGCUACUAUAUGUAUUCUCAAACUUGUGUCUCUGGACCAGACACCGAGGCGACCGGACGCCCAUUUUUACUGACUCUGCUUUGUUCGAGUGCCGUUCUCCCCCAGUGCUGCUUCUUUUGUAACUACUUUUUCCCGAAAACCGCUCAGUGUGAGAAGCUUUGCAAUUUGAUCGUGCUGCUGCUACGGAUUUGAACAGAGCGCCAGAGGACUUUCCGGAGGAGCAUUUUGCCUCGACGCCGUAGUCUUGUGGGGACUCAGACUUCACAGUUUCUGCAGUCAUGACUGGCGGGAACGAACCUGAUCUGUGCCCGCAAAACCGUAGACUGAACGACCUUCUGGAACAGCUUCUGAUAGGUUCACGAGAAUCCGACCGCAGACCUCCUGCGGACACAAUAGCGCUGGCCGGGGCACUUCGAGAGCGUGCAGCUGGUGCUCGAAUCCGCGGAGCAAAGGCUUUUACCAUGCGACACCGACCACCGCCCGUGCUUGAUGUGGCUGAAGACGGUGUUUGUUCCGAUGGCGGCGACGGAGUCUUGUCAAUUCUAGUAGUGGAAGAGCGAUCACGGUGAGUGGUAGACGCCGAUAGUAGAGACUCAAGGGCUCGAAUAUCUUCUAUGUAGUUUGGAGGCAAGAACGGGGCGUAGAGGCGAUGGUACCGAUGAAUUUCCUGAACAUAUCUCCGCAGUCCCACGUAGGACAGAGAAAACUGUUGGGUUUGCAACAGAGACGUUGGUGAAUCCAAAGCCCCAACGUGCUUCAUUUCCCAGUUGAAAAGUGACUGUGCAUUGCAACAUCGAUCUCAUGCUUACCCCUGGUGUCAUCGAGGGCUUCGUGGCAGCGACACCGAGCAGCAAGUGAUGCUGACUAACGGGCACCCUCUUUGAGGACGGAUCGGGCUUCAAAGGUUUCAGCCU